GACUUGUCACCUGAUUGUGGUGACAUGGAGGCGAUUCUUUUGUUAUCCUGAGUUGUUUUGAAGUAAAUUCACAUCAGACAAUCAGCGCUACAUCGUGGGGCGGAGUGUCCUCUCUUCCACACACACACACACCGACACACACAGCGGUGUUUGUCUUGUCAUGACAGCCAUGGAGAGAUUAGAGGCUACAUCGGAGCUCCAGUCUCGGCUGUCUUCCUUGUCCUUCUCGUCCUUCCCCGGAAUAACAUCCAAACAGUGCAGCAGCACACCACCGGACAGGCUUCAGAAUACUAAUCUUUCUGAGAGCUCUACCCGGUCUGAUAUGGAUGAAAGUGAGGAUUCAAGACAGCUUUCUAAGGGUAAUGAAGAGGCUCCUGCUGAGGUGGCCUUGAAAGAAGGAGGCGAGGAGAACAGUGCUGGGAGCUGUCAGCUGUCCUCUGAGAUGAAAGCCCAGAUGCCACCGCUGCAGCCCCCAACAACUUGGACAUCUGCUACACAGAAGGAGCUGAAGGCGAAGCUGCGAGCGGAGAAGGACAGCGUGGUGACGGUGUACCGAGGCGACAUCAUGACGGUCAACGUCCCCACUGUCCCCGAGGCUAAGAAAGUGUGCUGGGAGUUCACCACAGAUGGCUACGACAUCGGCUUUGGCAUUUAUUUUGACCGGAGCCCCGUGACGAACAGAGCUAUCACAGUGCACAUCAGUGAGUCGAGCGAUGACGAAGAUGAAGAGGAGGAACCGGAAGGGCCUCGCAGCAGUGAAGACGUGGAAAAAGGCUCCAAGAAUCAAAUCAACUCCAACUUGGCUGAAAUCCUACCUGUGUACCGUCAGGACAGCCACUUGUCCGUCCAUGGCGGGAGCCACGAGUUUCCAGGUGAAGGCACUUACCUCUUCAAGUUUGACAACUCGUACUCCCUUUGGCGGAACAAAACUCUCUAUUAUAAUGUUUAUUACAGUGCCUGAGACGCCGGCGUGUUCUCUAUGAAUGUUUGAUCUACAGAGGAAUAUUACUGUUAA